AUGUUAGUAUUGCUAUUUGAAGCAACUCUUAAUGUAAGCAAUAAAUUUGUCGACGGUAACACUGAUUUGAGUGACACAUCCGACUUGAAUAAGAUAUUUAGUUUAAGAAGUGAUGACGACUGGAGACAGUUGUGGCACUCAGAAAAACACAAGAGAUGCUAUCAGGACCUCAUUAACCACAUGGAGUGGGUUUGCGAUAAAGAUAUUUAUAAACUUCGCCGAAAACGAGAUCUUAUUGAAGUGGAAACGUUCACAAAUGAACCGUUUUUAUCAGCAAAAGAGGCGACAAAUAUGUUUGGGAUCUUAMGGUAUAAGAAAUCCAAUAAUAGAAGACUUAAUAAAAGAGGAAUAAUCGAUGAGUGCUGUAACGGAUCAGACGGCUGUUCGUGGGAAGAGUACGCCGAGUACUGUCCCGCCAACGGCCGACUUAGGACUUAA